AUGUCGGGUCUGAUGUCCCGCUGCCACCGCUAUCAUGCUAGGUUUUGCUUCACGCAACGGUUUCCGCUGGGAACUCGCGUCAAAAAGUAUUUUAAGGGUUAUAGGAAUCCAUUUGAAGGUUCGGUAGACCACCAUUCAGACCAAACGGACUUUUAUCAUAUUUCCUAUGAUGACGGAGAUAGCGAAGAGAUGACGGAAGAUGAUGUUAACUUACACCUUCUUUCCCUGCCUAAGCCAAAAAGGCCACCCAAGACUCUCAAGGUAACCAAGCCACCUAAAGCAAGUAAGCCAUCGACGCCACCAGCUAUGAAGAGAGACAAAGAUGAAAACAGUAUAUGUAUGUCGUCGCAAGUGACGGUGAUUCCGUCUGGCACUGCAUCUAAAGAGAAAAGGAGACCGACAGUGCUGAGCCUUAAUGAAAACGCACCGGGGCUGAUGCGUAGUAAUAGUAUGACUGAUUCGUCUUGUUCCCUUGAGGCGACGAAUGAGUCGCCAACUGUGUCCAUUCCGGCCGACACGAUUAUAGAAGAUGAAGGGAAGGACGAAGAAAUAGAAGAAGAAGAAGCAACGGAAAAAAUGGAAGAUGAUGAAAAAGCUAGCUAUAUAUUGUCGGAAGGAACUCCAGAAGAAAUUAAUUUGCUUAUUGGAAAGCCAGUGGAAAGAACAGUUACAAAGGAAGAAAACGGUUUCGAUGUUGUGCGGGGUCAUGUGGCAAGCUAUUUCCCUGCAACAAAGAUGUUUCGUGUGAUGUAUCUUGACGGGGAUUGCUGUGAUCUUACGUACCAAGACACUCUCGACAGCAUUCCAGCAGACUUGCUCCCAUUUGGAAUUAUUGGAAAGAGAAAACGUAAAAAGGAGGAACCUUGUCGAAAUGAAGGGAGAAAGAGGCUCAGUACUCCAUCGUCGUCUUUAAAGCGGUUAAAGAGAUUUGACAAAAACAUUAAAGUCAAAGGGCAGACCCAGCGGAGCCUUACGGAAAGUUUAUUGUUAUCCGGUGUUCGGUCGCCAUCGAGCCCAGACAUCCAUGAAACAGGCAUGGAAUUGGUCGAUAACGUCGAGUUCAACAUUGUUCGCAAAGUGCUGUUUAUUAUUGUGAGCACUGUUAAAAACUCGGUGAUGAAGACGCAGCUAGAAGCUCUUUCCUCGACAGAUCUAAAGGAUAAAGAAGCACUGGAGGUGUUCGUGCAGAAAGACGGCCUCACUUCUUUAGCAGAACUGUUGGCUAAAUGGGAAGAUCAAGUCGAAACGGAACCAGGGAUACUGCUUGUUCUAAAGGCCCUUGCCGUAUUGCCUGGUGUGACAAAGGACGUGAUUAUCGACAGCAGAAUCGGCAAGAAAGUACGAGGAAUUCAAAGACGGGGAUCUUAUAAAAAUUCUGCUAUACCUAGUCUUGCGGCAUGGGUAAUCGAAAAGUUAAAAGCUGACGUUGGAGUCCACCGAGUGGAUCAAAAACCAAAUAUAAGUGUCGACGGUAAGGUUCAACGCGACAAAGAAAGUCACACGCGAGAAUCAAAUUCACAGAGGCAAUGUUCUUCUGCCCUCCGUGGCGCGAAACGUGAUGAUCGCCCAGCGUCGGUUAAAUUGACGGAUCGGUCGCGAUUGCAAGAUACUAGACUGGAUAAAGGAAAGGCAUUGAAUGUCGGCAAUGAUGGCGGUCGGUCCAAUUCUGCAAGUCAUUUGCUGAGCCUGAUGAACUCGCGUAAUGGUCGUGACACUAGCAUCUUUCGCCGUGACAGAGAUAUUUUCGGAAAUGUUGUGACAGCAAGCGAGAUGGGAACUACAAAUAAUUGGCGAGCCCGGCGCUCAACAGUGGUUUUAGAUCAAGUGCGCAAGCGAUUGACUGGAAAUGCUCAGGAAGUCGAAAUUGUGAAGACGAAGUUGAUUGAAGACGAUAUUUGGAGGCCGUCCAAAAUCUCGUUUGCGGAUGGUGACGCAGUGUGCGCAUUUGACAAGGACGUUGCAGUCUCGAAGCUGCUCGUCUUCCGUCCGCCUGGGUCGACGAAGUCUCCAGUGCGUCCGCCUGUGAAGCAACGAACAGGUUCGCUGCGAUCGAUUCUGCGUGUUAGGCUCUCUCCCCGCGCAGCGCCAAAAAAUGCGCCGCAGAUCAACGAUGAAAACGUACAGUCUGCUCCGCCUGUAGUCCAUUCAACUCCGAGUGCUGUAGUCGACCCCGUUGUGAUCCUUUCUAAGCGUACAUUACUGAGCAGUGAAGUAUCGGAAAACGAGGCGACUGAACCGUCCUCGUUUCACACUUCGAAGCUGCAAAAUGUCGUGAGCCCGACGGAGAAACGAAUGCAAGACUUAUGUACUCCUCACUGCGUUCCAAUUUCGGAGCCAUCACCGUUGGAUUCCACCGCAUGCGGUAAUAACGAUAUUAAAAUUGAUCUUCCGCUGGAUGCACCCGAUGAGCCAAAACCAGCGGAAGCAAUCAAAGUGUUGAUUAGAGCUUUGGAACCAGUCUUGUCUGAAGACGUCUCCUCCGAGGAGGGAGAAAAGACAUCAAGGGAUGAAGGAGACUGGGUUCCCAAGCCUGAAACAGCUACCCUAACAAGCUGUUCUACCGGGCCUGAUCGAGUCGUCUCCAGUUCGACAAGCAACCACCACCUUGGCUUGAUGAGCUAG